GUGCGGCCGCCAAGCAGCCGGUGUCAGGCCCGCGUCCCUAGCAACGGCGCGGCGCUUCCGCGGCGACGGCGGCUCAUGGCGGCGGCGACGGGCGAGGGGCCGCGGGCCGCCGAGGUGGCGCAGGCCCUGAGCCGGCCCCUGAGCUGCCUGCAGGGGCCCGAGUGCGGCCGCGGGCCGCGGCUGCGGGCGCUGGAGGCCAUCCGGGCCGCGGUGCAGGAGCGGCCGCUGCCGAGCGCCGUGGUGCAGGAGGUGUUCGCGGCGCAGCUGGUGCGGCCGCUGGCGCGCUGCCUGGCGGGGGACGCGGCGGAGCGGUGCCGCGAGCUGGCCCUGGAGCUCCUCCGCCACGGCCUCAGCCAUGGCGACCGGCCCGGCGAGGCGCUGCCCGUCGUCCUGCCGGCGCUGGCCCAGCGCCUCUGCCCGCUGCGGGGCUGCGAGCCCUGCGAGGAGCUGCGCCUCGGCCUCGUGCAGCUGCUGGGCCUGCUGCUGCAGCGCUGCGGGGCCUCCAUGGCCCCCUACCUCUCCGACGUUACCCGCAUCCUCCAGGCCACCCUCCUCGACGACUAUGCCGAGGUCAGGCGCGAAAGCUGCAGGUGCACUGUGGCCUGCGCCCAGGCCAUGCCAGAGCACUUCCACAUGCAGUCAGAAUCUUUGAUAAACCCCUUGAUGCAAACGAUUUCGCACCAGCACUACAGAGUUCGCGUUGAUGUAAUUCAGGCUACGGGAGCUGUGAUACAGUUUGGAAAUGGAAAGUCUGUGGAUGACGUUCUGUCUCAUCUGGCCCAGCGAUUCUUUGAUGAGAUUCCUAAGGUUCGGCAAGCUGUGACAAUUGUCGUUGGAGAAUGGCUGUUGCACCUACGAGAUAGAUAUUCCUAUUUUCACAAGUUGAUCCCUUUGUUACUCAGUGGCUUUACUGAUGAAAUUCCUGAAAACAUGGAGCUGGCUGGGAGUUAUUGGGAAAAGACAGGCUUGCAGUGGGAGAAAGAGAAUGAAGAUGAUCUGAAGGAUAAGGUUGAUUUCAGUGUUGCACCAUCUCAUUAUCCCAAUGGAGUGACUCGACCAGGACUAGGUUGUCGGGAACUUGUUUCAAGAAACCUCUUCAAAAUUCUUCCGGGUCUCUGUCAUGAUAUAACAGACUGGGUUGAAAGCACAAGAAUAAAAGCAUCUCAGCUUCUGUACAUAUUAUUGUUACAUGCAGAGGAUCAUAUAACGCAACACAUGGAGCUCCUGCUUAGAACUUUGUACCGAGCAUGCAUGGAUGAAGAAAGUGAUGUGGUUAGGAAUUGUGUGAAAGCAGCAGAAUUGAUUGGAACAUUUGUCAACCCUAAGGUAUCUUUGAGGUUAAUCACAUCAGCCUUUGAGAAAACACCUAUGCCAUCUCAUAUAAUGGUUCUAACUGCAGUGAUUUGUGGUAGCCCAAAAGAAAUCUUAAAGCCUCAUUUGACUGAUCUUGGCAAUGCACUGUCAAAAGCUGAAAUCUGUCAAAGAUCUGAAGAGGUCUUUUAUAUGGAACAGUUGCUUUGUUGUGUACAAGCAUUGAUUGAAGUAUGCCAGGAAGACUGCAAAGAAAUUAGCUUGCAGCUAACGAAAGUUCUGGUGACAGUAAUGGCAAUACCACGUUCUCAGCACCUUAAAGAAAAGGUAGAGAAAACAAUGUGUUCGUUAGCUGAAGUGCAGCAAUUGGAUGGCUUUCUUUAUCUCUACAAACAGCAUAUAAUUCAGCUUAUGGAAUGGGUUUCAGUAUCCCAUAACUGUUGGACUUGCUAUUCUCCAGAAUUAUUACAGUUAGAUGUCAUUGCAACUCAUUCAGGUCCUGUCAUAGGUGAAGCUCUCCAUGACUUUAUUCUCAUUCUUAAGACAUGUCUUCAGCCAAACAAAGACCCCCAGAUGCGCUUAAAACUUUUCACUCUUUUAUCGCAGUUGCUCCAGAAAGGAAAUGAAACUGUCAAUUCUCAGGGGCAGUUCCUUAGCUACCUUGAGACUGUGAUAAAAGACAUACUGGCUCCUAAUCUGCAGUGGCAUGCUGGAAGAACAGCAGCUGCCAUCCGUACUACAGCUGUAUCAUGCCUUUGGGCUCUUAUUCACUGUGAAAUGCUUUCACCAAAAGAGAUCUUAGAAAUUGAAGGUAUGCUGAUGCCACAAAUUAUUUCCUCCAUGGAUGAAGACUCUAAAAUAACUCGACUAAUGGCUUGUCGUAUUGUUGGUGUUAUUUUAAAAGUCUGUGGGAGGCAGUUUGAUUCAGAUAAGCUCAUCAAAACUUAUCCAGAAGUCUUAAAGCGGCUAGAUGAUGCUUCACCUGAUGUACGACUGGCAGCUGCUCACACCUUAACUAAUUGGUUUAAAUGCUUAAAGGACAAUGAUGAGAAAUCUUUAAUGCAAAAUAAUAUUCGGUUUCUGUACCAAGAACUGUUGGUACAUCUGGAUGACCAAGAUCAAAAUAUCCAAAAUGCAGUCCUAGAAGUUUUGAAAGAAGGAAGCAUUUUAUAUCCAGAAGUGCUCGUGAGAGAAAUUGAAGUGGUUGUACAGAAGCAUCGAACGCCAGUCUAUUGCAAUCAACUACUACACCACAUUCAGUCACCCAAAGAAUCAGUUUUAUGAAUCAAUGCUGAAACUCUUGUUAGUGAGCUGUAUGUGACAUUUAUAUGAGCUUGACUGCUUUCAUAUUUCAUUUGUACAAAGUAGCCUGAGCAAUAAAUAGAUCUUUUUCUUUGUAAGUUCUGUAUUAGCUCAUUUAAAAGUCAAAUGGGCACAGUUCUACAUUUUUUUGUCAUUUCAGAAGUUCUUUGUAUUUGCUAGUAAUAAAACAAUGUUUUAAUUCAUUGGGCAUUGGAAGUUUUUCAGCUAGAACAGUUAAAGCAGGAAUGUUGUUCAGGAAUCUGACGCUAAUGGUAAUUGAGAAUGGUAAUCUAGUUAAAUUAAUAGUCCAGUGUCAAAGUUAUAUUAGAAUAAUCCAACUAGACUUUGGUCUUUCAAGGAUCAUUUCAAGCUCUGGAAUGUUUUCAGACUUUGCAGAGUCAGGUCUGUGAGGAUCAGUUCUAUCAAAAACAUCUAGGCCAAAGUUUUGUUGCAUAAUGCAGCAAAAUUUUUACAAUGUUUUGAGUAUUCACUAUGUUGAUAUAAUAGGAACAUAUUCUGAGUAAGUGUCACAAAAGAAAUGGUUUUUAUUUUCAGUCACAAAAUGUAGUAUAACAACAAUAAGGUUAACAUUUUUAAAACUAAAAUUUAUACAUGGGAAAAUGUGCUGUUUUGUCAUGCAGAUUAACAGUAUUUAUAUUGCUGUAUUUUUAAAUAUACAGCAUCUGCUAUUUUUGUUUAUACUAAAGUGCCUUGGAUAACAAGCAGCAUUUGUUUGCUUAUUUUUUUGAAAUGAAAUACUCUUAUGUUAAAGCUUUUUUUUUUUAACUUUUUAGGAUAUAAGUUUUAGGGUAUUCUCAUAUUUUCAGCUGUGUAAUAAAAUGAGUGAUCUUCUA